AUGAGUGACUCUAACGACAUCAGAGCUAAAAGAUUAGCUAAAUUAGCUGCAUUGAAUAAGAGCCAAGAAGGAGGUAGACCGAGGGAAUCGGGGUCUAAAUCUGAUUCUCUUAAUUCUUUAGUGACCAAAAGGGAAUCAGAUCACGAUCACCCCGAGCCAAAGGCUGACGAGAAAGUAGAACCAAAGAAGAAGAAAAAACUGGAAGUAGAAGAACAAAAGAAGUCACAACUAGAAACAGAGGCAUCAACCCCUCGUGUACUGGAGGAAAAGAAUAGUAGACCGCUAAAGGUACAUAAAUCAGAGCAAGAGGAAAUUUCAGACUGGAUAAAAAGCGAAAUAGAGUACAUUUUUAUGGCCUCAUUAAAUAAAAAGUUGGGUAUGCUUCACUUGAAAUCACUUGUUUCUGAGGGCGAGAACGACAAAAUUACCCUUUCAGCGGACUCGUUAGAGUCCAUUUUCAUGGAAAUACUAACUGAUCUUGGAGUUCCCUUUGGAUAUAAAUCAUCAAUCGAAUUUUUGUACUCAGUCUACCAAAAUGCUUUCAAAUCCAAAAGGACGCUCUCAAAAAAGGCACCAUUUUACGAGUCUAAGAUAAAGGUCUUAAAUAAUAUCAUUAACUUAUCCUGUUCCUAUGGUUUGAUCUGUCUUGAAGUUGAAGACAUGUUCAUCAAUAAUAAUAUUAAAUCUGCAUUGGAUGCACUCUUCACUAAGGAUGAAAUGAUUCAAUUUUUAGUAGAUAUUGUUAAACAAGCGAUAGAACAGGAAACGCUUUUGGAAUGUUUGAAUAUCAUUAUUCCUUCGUUAAGUGCUAAACUCUACCGGGUAAAUUUAAAUGAUCGAAUGUAUUCUAAUUAUCUCACAGUUCUAGAAUCGUUAGUAAACAUAAAACAGGUAGCCGCAUGUUUUUCGAAAGUGAAUGGGUUCCAACCCCCAGAUAUUAAAAACUGUUUAGACUUUGAACACAAAACUUUAUUGGGUUCUUGGUUAAGAUUAUCGCCAAUGUUGGAGGAUGUUUCAGUAUAUUAUUUUACCGAAAAUGUAACUGAUUUUUCAAAAGUUCAAUUGAAUUCGACUUACGAAAGCCUUCAAAAUGAGUUCAAAGUUGUCCUUGACAGAUUGUUUUUCAUUACUGAUAGACUCAUUAGAGGUUCCCUGGAGACAAGGAAAGACGUCUUGAAAUGGUUUGCAGACUUGAUAAACUUGAGUCAUUUGAGGAGAGGUAGUCUUGCAGAAUUAAAAAAAUUACCAUCAGAUGGCAUAAUGUUUAAUAUAUCAGUAAUAUUAAUCAGAUUGAGUCUGCCUUUUUUAGAAUUUCCCACGUACUCUAAGAUUGACAAGAUUGACAUUAAUUUUUUUGGAAAGAGCAAAUUGCUAGCAAUCGAAGAAGAAUCACGCAUAAAUGCUUCCAUUCAAGAAUCUAAUGAAUAUUAUCAAGGUUUCCAGAGUGACUCCGUAAAUUUCAUAUCUGAUUGUUACUUCAUAGCAUUGUCCUAUUUGCAUUAUGGUAUUGGUGGAAUAUAUAUUCAUUAUGAUAGGUUAAAACAACAAAUCAAACAAUACAAUGAAAGAAUUCAGAUGAUCGAGGCAAAUAGAGCCCCCGCUGGUAGUAAUCCAAUGAUGCUACAGUUCUUGAAAGCCCAGUUGCCAACUUUGAAGAAAGGAUUAAACCAAAUACAGGCAUUCAAGCAUUCAGUCCAAGCAAUUUUUAGUUUCAGAGAUUUACAGCUAGAUAUCUUCGAUUUUAUAAUUGGAUCGACGUCCUUCUUUACCAGGUUAAUUGACCCAAACCAUUUGUUCCCAAAAGAGAGUAUCGAAAUUCCUCUUUAUCAAAUUAAAAGGGUAUCUGAGUUAGACGAUCCUGAUCUUUUAAAAACCAAAUCCCCGGAGCCUUGGAAGUUUUAUCCCGAGUAUAUCUUGGAGGGUAUUAUUAAUUAUUGUAAAUUUGCUGUGAACUUCAGAGGAUCACCGUUAGUACAAAAUCUCGAAAAGUUACUGCUGUUUGUUGAAUUUGCAGUUAUUGUUUUGAGAUGUCCUGAACUUAUAGGUAAUCCGCAUAUGAAGUCCAACUUGGUUGAAAUUUUAUUUGUUGGCUCGUUACCAAUGAGUGACGGGAGUCCAGGGUUCAUGUCUCCUAUAUUCAAUACUAACAAAUUGGUAAUUGACAAUAUUUUAUAUUCCUUAUUGAAUAUUUAUGUUGUUCUCGAAAAGACAGGAGCCUCGUCUCAAUUCUAUGACAAGUUUAAUAGCAGAUAUUACAUCUCGAUGAUAUUGGAGGAAAUUUGGAAGAAUGAAGUGUAUAGGGACCAAUUGACUAAUUUCUCCAAGAAUAAUGUUGAUUUUUUCGUUAGAUUUAUUGCAAGGAUGCUUAAUGAUACAACAUACUUGUUAGAUGAGACUUUUAAUGAACUUAACUCUAUUCAUGAUUACCAACAAGAGUUACGCAAAAGAAAAGAUACGGAGUCUGAAAAUGAGGAGUUUGGAACCACAGAAGAACUUUCUAAUAAUUUAAGUUCUUCGGAACGCAAAGCAAAGUCAUAUAUGGGUUUAACUAACAAAACCAUGGAAUUAUUCAAAUUAUUCACUAAAGAAGUGCCACAAGGAUUUAUACUACCUGAAAUUGUCGAUAGGUUAUCCAGUAUGCUUGAUUACAAUCUCUCAGUUUUAGUCGGACCAAAAUGUUCAAACUUGAAAGUCGAAUCUCCAGAAAAAUACGAUUUUGAUCCCAAGAGAACAUUGGCAGACUUAUGUGAAAUAUUUUGUAAUUUGGCUGGUGAAGAUAAGUUUAUUAUAUCAACUGCAAGGGAUGGAAGAUCAUUCAAUUUGGCUUACUUUAAGAAGGCAGAAAGGAUUUUACUCACUAAAGCAACUGUAAAUCCUAUUGUAGUGAAGAAGAUGGUUACCUUUGCUGAAAAAGCAGAGGCACAGCGAUUGUCCGAUGAAGGCGAAGAGCUUGAGCUAGGUGAAAUUCCUGAUGAAUUUUUAGACCCUUUGAUGUUUUCUCUUAUGGAGGAUCCAGUUAUUCUUCCCGGUUCAAAAAUUAGUAUAGACAGAUCUACAAUCAAGGCACAUCUAUUGAGUGAUGCUACUGAUCCCUUCAAUAGAAUGCCUUUAAAGUUGGACGACGUGAUCGACGAUCAUGAACUUAAACGGAAAAUCGAGGAUUUCAAAAAAGAAAAGAGAGCUCAAGCUCAAAACAGAGAUGUUGAAAUGACUGAUGCAUGA